AUGAUUGUUAUUGUCGUGUUAUUUGCAUGUUUUUUAGUGUGUUUUGGGGUGUCAUUAAUUUACAGGAGUGGGAUCAUACUGUUCUUUUAUAAGACUUUGAUUGUGGGGGUGAAGUCUGGGUCAACGUUCGACGUUAAUUUCACACUCAACUUGUCGACCAUUUGCUUUGUGAUAUUAUUAGGGAUUGCUGUGUUGGCUUACUGCUUUGUUGUAAUGCUUGUGUUCCUCUUUAAUAAUAGAGGAGUUACGUUAUUGGGUAUCAUCCUUUCAUUACUCAUCUUUUUGUUUGGCAUCACAGUGGGGACGUUUGUUGUUGCGAUGUUGGUGGACUCUGGAGACUCGCUACAAGGGAUGUUUCAAUAUCGCGAGGACGAGGAUGAAAACGACUUGAAGACACAAAUUGAGUUCGAAUUUGCGUGUUGCGGAUUCGAUAAUGAAACAACACAACAACAAGGCGAAUUUUAUUGUAAAUGGAAAUCAGAUGCAAAGACAGUCUGGUGUAAAGACUCGGUGUACAAACCAUUUAUGCAGUCAUUGGGGAUGUUGCUUAUGCCAAUUGUCUUUACUUUAAUUGCGGCGGCUGUUGGAUUUGUUGUGCUUAUUUUCUUGUUCAGACACCAGAAAUUGGAGUUUAAAAACGACGAGUGGGGUGACGAGUUUUAUGGAUAA